AUGGCGUCCUCCUCCCGCUCCCACCAUGAGGCGGAGGAGGGGGAGCUGGAUGGCAACUGCAUCACCUCCCCACUCCGUAAGCUCGGUUGCUGUCGGUCGACGUCGCGCAGCUCGCCGGAGCUGGACGAGGAGGUGGAGAACUUGCCGAUCGAGCAGGUGGCGCUGACGGUUCCCGUGGGCGACGACCUGGACACCCCCGUCCUCACCUUCCGGAUGUGGGUCCUCGGCGUCCUCUCCUGCGCCGUGCUCUCCUUCCUCAACCAGUUCUUCUGGUACCGCAAGGAGCCGCUCACAGUCACCGCCAUCUCCGCCCAGGUUGCCGUCGUGCCGCUCGGCCGACUCAUGGCGGCCGCGCUGCCGGAGCGCGCCUUCUUCCGCGGCAGGCCGUAUGAGUUCACCCUCAACCCGGGCCCCUUCAACGUGAAGGAGCACGUGCUGAUCACAAUCUUCGCCAACGCCGGCGCCGGCACCGUCUACGCCAUCCACGUCGUCACCGCCGUCCGCGUCUUCUACGGCAAGAAUCUAUCCUUCUUCGUCUCCCUCCUCGUGGUGCUCACCACCCAGGUGCUCGGGUUCGGGUGGGCGGGCAUAUUCCGGCGGUACCUCGUGGAGCCGGCGAGCAUGUGGUGGCCCUCCAACCUCGUGCAGGUCUCCCUCUUCAGGUACACGCUUCCCAUAUCUCCGGCAAGCAACAUGAUUAGUUUUAACCGCUAAUUAGUCAUCACAUUACACACAACUUAAUACUACUACUUGGUCAGAGGGUUGACUGUUGAUGCUUGAGCUUAAUUCACAAGCCAUGAUUAUUUAUUAUUCCAUACGUUCCUAAAUAUUUGUCUUUUGAGAUAUUUCAAAUGAACUGUCAUAUACGGAUGUAUAUAGAUAUAUUUUAGAAUGUACAUUCAUUUAUUUUAUUUCGUAUGUAGUCACUUGUCGAAAUUUCUAUAAAGACAAUUAAAAUCUGUAAAAAGACAAAUAUUUAGGAACGGAGAGAGUAUUAUUUUUCUUAGACUACUGCAAGUACGUAAGAGUUUCUUUGAUUUGGCUGAGCAAAGACCAGUAGCUGGCUAGCUACCUGUCAGGGAUCAUGACACGUCAAAAUUACGUCAUGAACACGGAUCACUGCCGGUUCCAAGAAAUUCAGUAAUUCGGUUAGAUUGUCACAACACGUGAGGAUUUUCCCGCCGGUCGUCGCAUAUGGCAACCAACACGUGAGGAUUUACUCCCACAAACCACGUUUGAGGUGUCAUUCGAACAAUU